GGCGGGGCAUCCCUCUGGAGGAGAGACCUGUUCCUCAAGCGGCCGCUGGGGGCGCCAGAGCAGCACCGGAGCGCGGGCCAAGCUGGAGAUGGCUGAUGCUGACCCUGAGGAAAGAAACUAUGACAACAUGCUGAAAAUGCUGUCGGAUCUGAAUAAGGACUUGGAAAAGCUAUUAGAAGAGAUGGAGAAAAUCUCAGUGCAGGCAACCUGGAUGGCCUAUGACAUGGUGGUGAUGCGUACCAACCCUACGCUGGCCGAGUCCAUGCGUCGGCUGGAGGAUGCCUUCGUCACCUGCAAGGAGGAGAUGGAGAAGAACUGGCAAGAGCUGCUGCAUGAGACCAAGCAGAGGCCGUAGGCACCACUGGCCCACCACAGCUGCCAUGCCACCCUCUGCCCGUAUGAAGAGGUCACUGGGGGAUGGAGCUGGCACCCACAUGAAUAGCUGUAUGCACUGUACUUGUUUCUUAAUAAACUUAUUUUUAAGCACA